AUGCGCAUGUUGCCUCUUCUCGGCGCACUCUACGCUCUGGCGCUCGUCGACAGGUCCAACCUAUCCGUCGCUCGCGUUGCCGGGUUGGACGCCAGUAUCGGCCUCAGCAUUGGUGCACGUUACAGCAUCGUAUCCCUGAUCUACUUCGUCCCGCAGCUCCCGUGCAACAUCAUUGCACGGAAGGUCGGCGCGCGGCGCUGGCUCGCAGGCUGCGUCGUCUCGUGGGGCAUCGUCCAGCUGGGAAUGGGCUUCGUGCCCAACUGGACGUCGCUUGCCGUACUGAGAGCACUCCUCGGAGCUUUCGAGGCCGGCUUCUUCUGUGCCCUCGUCUUCAUUAUAACGACCUGGUAUAAACGCCACGAGGUCCAGACACGGCUUGGCGCGUUCUAUCUCGUCUCCGUCUUCGUCGCGGGCUUCAGCCCGAUAUUCGCGUACGCGGUCAGCCUGCUCGGGAACAUCAGCAAGACACCGGGAUGGGCGUAUAUAUUUAUUAUUGAAGGCGCGAUCACGAUCCUCUUUGGCGCGGUGACCUGGUUCUUUGUGUCAGACUUUCCGGACCGGAAUAGGUUCCUCACGCAGGCAGAGACGGCGUAUGUACUCUCGCGCAUCGAGGAGGACAGAGGCGAUGCCCUGCCAGACGGUAUGUCGUGGGCGAAGGUGCGCCAGCACCUGAUGGAUUGGAAGAUAUGGGUGUACGGCUUUAUGUACAUCGCGGCGACGAUGCCUGCUUACAGCGUCGGAUUCUUCAUGCCCAUCAUAUUACACGAUGGUAUGGGAUGGAGCAUAUCGAAGACGCUGCUGUUGAGCGCCCCUCCGUAUAUCGCAGCGGCAGCCACGAUCAUCGUCUUCUCGUACCUAUCCGACCGGUCCCGUCACCGCGCGGGCUUCAUUGCCAUCUUGGCACUCAUGACCACGGCGGGAGUGCUCGCAACGGCGUACGCGUCCCAACCCGGAGUGAGAUAUUUUGGGCUCUUCCUCACCAACUGUGGCGCCUCGGCUGCGGUCCCGGGGAUCCUGGCAUAUUCCGCCAACAACAUCGUCUCGCAGUCCAAGCGCGCGGUUACUACCGCUCUCGUAGUCUCAUUUGGAGGCAUCGGAGGAAUAAUGGCGACCACUGUCUUCAGGCAGCAGGACGCGCCCCGAUACCGGCCUGGGGCAAUCACCACGAUCGCCUGCCAGGGCAUGCUGUUAGUGUUGCUGGCUGGCAUGUCGGCAUACUUUCACGUACAGAACGCGCGCAGGCGCCGCUUGAUUGCGCAGGAUGGUGUCGCGCGGUUCUUGUACACUCUGUGA